AAAAAAUUGUUACACUUUUCAAGAAUUUCUACAUUCUGGGCAUUUUCUGCAUUGGACUCGCUACGAGGUAGCCUUGUGUUUUCUUUCACAGUUGAAGAACAGAAUUUUGUAGUGGAGUAAAAUAAACAUGGAGACACCUAAUCAGAGCUUGAUAUCUUCUGGAGAAUUAAACACGGCUGAAAAUAACAACAACGAAACACCCAUGGAGAUAGACCAGGCUAACAACUGCAAGACAUCCGCUGAGGUACCACCCACACCUGAACAGAGCCUGAGCGAAGAGCUUCAGAAGAUGAACACUUCCACUGAAGAGAAUAUAACCAAGAAGAAAACCACCGUGACCGAGGUUCGGCGUACAAAUCAACAAUCUGAGACGUUGAUCAACGAUUCGAAUGUCUCUUUGAGUGACACGCUCUUGAGCUCUGCUUAUAGGCGUCGCUGUCUAAUUGAAGGCCAUGCACAAAAUGAGAUGGCUGCCAUCAAGCAGUUUAAAACGAACUACAAUCUUAAGUUUGGGCAACCCUAUCCCAACUUCUAUAUGGGUAAACUGAAGAAUGCACUGAAUGAGAUCAAAAUGCAGCCAUUUUUGCAGAGAAAGGUGCUGGCCCUGUUCUUGUACAAUGGGAAGAGUAUUCGGUCCAAUAUCUUCUGCAGCCAAGUGAUGAGAGACGACUGCAUCUUGAAGAUAUUCAGCAAGUACUUUCUGCUCUAUGGCUGGGACGUAACACAGCGAGGCCAUGCAAAAGAGAUGUACGAUCGCUUGUUCAAAGUGCAACGCAGGGCAGCCAAAAUGUUGCGGAAGAUCAAGCUGGACGACUUCCCUGCCUUCAUGUUAAUUUGUGUAGAACGCUCUGCUGGCUUUCGCCAUCGCCCGAAAGUUAUAAACGGCACUAACGAAUCGAUCGCGUUUGAGAUCGAGCUUAUGAAGUGUGUUCAAGCCUUUCGAAAAGUCACGGAAUAGCCUUCUAAAUUUAACAAUAAA